CGCAACAUGGUUGUGGUGAAAAGGCUCCUUUUUCGAGUCCUGCUUCUGCUCUCCCUCCUUGUAAUCGUUGCAGAGGUUUGGGGUGCAACCACUCGCAGGAAGAAAUCAACCACCACAACCCCGAAAAAAAGGAUCAGGAAAUCAACAACUAGAACAACAGUCAAGUCAACGACCACCAGUCCGAAAACCGAGAGUCCGAUUUAUCAAUUUUGCAGAAACUACAAUCGAAUAAAAAAGAAAGUGCACGACACGGCACAAAGUGAAGAUUUCAUCAUAGGAACACGUGAUUUCAUAACCGAAAUAUUUGACGAUCGAGACAGGCAGCACGGAUCAUUCUAUCAAAGGGGCAGAAAACAGUUGAAAUUUCAUUUUGAAAGCUUUUACAAAGUUGAGUACGACAGAGCAGUGGAGGCGUGUUUGUACCGGAAACUGCACCUGCUGGCGCUCGACACGGCCGACGAAAUCGAUGAUUUUUAUUUUUACUGGAGGGGAGAAAUAGUUGGAUAUGAGGACAGAGAGUUUUUGUGGACGAGUGCAGCGCCGUGUUCGAAAAGCGAUCCGCUGAACAAAGCCACGAAUUCAUGCUCCAGCGUCACCUGGUGUCCAAACAACGUGGAAACUCGACUUAACUACACGUUGAAUUUAAGCAACUUUACUCGGCCCUACUGCAUUAUUUUUAGAACCACGGGGAAAAAAUUCGAACCGAUGGAUUGCUCCUUUAAAUCUAUUUUUUCGUGCGAGUCAGCGUGCUCGAGGCCCAUUUUACCGCCAAAGAAUGAGUGCCAGAAAGAUGUAAAUGGAAAUUAA